AUGGAAAUUCCGAUGAUGAGGCUCAUAAGAAAGAUGGACAACAAUGGGAACUCCAUACUCCAUAUGGUUGGAAUAAAGGCACAAGAUCAUGCAGCUGAAGACAUGCCAAGCCCUGCUUUGCGACUGCAAGAGGACUUGCUCUUGGCAGACUGCAGAAGUGCAGACGCCAAAGAAUGGCUAAAGCUCACUGCUGAGAAUUGCUCCUUUGUUGCUGUGGUAAUUGCAACUGUUGCCUUUACUGCCGUCUACACGGUACCAGGAGGUCCAAGCGAGAUUACUGGUCUUCUGCUUCUCCUUAACAAUCCUUUCUUCGUAAUUUUCACCAUGACUGAUGUACUCUCUCUUACAUUCGCGUUGACAUCAGUGGUGACAUUUCUCUCCAUCAUCACCUCAUCAUUUCGGUUAAAGGACUUCAAGCAGUCUCUUCCUAAAAAACUAAUGCUUGGAGUUACUCUUCUGAUUUUCUCUGUUUCAAUGAUGAUGUUGUCAUUUGCAGCAACACUUGUCCUGAUGAUACAUAACAAGGAACAGUGGACAAGACUUACCUUUUACACUGUUGCUUUCUUGCCUGUCACCAUAUUCGCAUUUUCAUACGUGCCUCUGUAUAUAUCACUCAUGGAAACUUUCAUGAAACAGAUGAACUUUUUCUCGUGUUGCGGCGUGGAUCUUGUCGAUUCCAACAAGAUAAAGCCUAUGAAAAGUUCCAGGAGUUUUUUAAAAGGGUGCAAGAGCUCCAGGAAAUGUAAUGAUGAAGCAGCAUUGGCCAAAUUGGUCAAGAACAUCUCAAAGAAAUCAGGUAGCAUUAAGCAGAGGAAACUGGCCAAGGAGAUGCUUAAAUUCGGAAAUGUAAAAUGUGCUGCUGAGGUUUUCACAUUCCGUCAGUUGGCUGCUGCAACUGACAAUUUCAAUCUUGAAUUGCUCGUGGGAGAAGGAGGUUUCGGGAGGGUGUACAAAGGGUACAUUGGGGGCACAAAUCAAGCUGUGGCUGUGAAGCAACUUGAUAAGAAUGGGAUGCAAGGAAAUAGAGAAUUUCUAGCGGAGGUUCUGAUGUCGAGUCUUGUUCACCAUCCAAACUUUGUAAAUCUGAUUGGGUACUGUGCUGAUGGCCGGCAAAGAAUUUUAGUCUACGAAUACAUGCCCAAUAGAUCGUUGGAUAUUCACCUUCUAGAUUUGCCUCCAGAGCAGAAGCCUCUGGACUGGUAUACUAGGAUGAGGAUAGCACAAGGAGCAGCUGAAGGACUCGAAUACUUACAUGAUACUGCCGACCCUCCAAUAAUCUACCGUGACUUCAAAGCAUCAAACAUUUUAUUAGACGAGGACUUCAAUCCUAAGUUGUCUGAUUUCGGACUUGCUAAGUUAGGUCCAACAGAUGGCAAGGACCAUGUCUCUACAAGGGUCAUGGGGACUUAUGGCUACUGUGCACCAGAGUACGCGUUGACAGGUCAGCUGACAACUAAGUCGGAUGUGUACAGUUUUGGAGUUGUGUUUCUGGAGAUAAUUUCAGGAAGGAGAGCUAUUGAUACCAGGAGACCAACAGAGGAGCACAACCUGAUUACUUGGGCAUGGCCACUAUUACAAGACAGAAGAAAUUUUGAACUAAUAGCUGAUCCAUUGCUUGAAGGAAAUUACCCUCUAAAGGGUAUGUAUCAAGCUCUUGCUGUUGCAAGCAUGUGUCUCCAAGAGGAAGCUAGCACGCGACCUUUGAUCAGUGACGUUGUUAUUGCUCUUGAUUAUUUAGCAUUACCAAAUGAUGAAUCUGGGAGUGAAAUAAAUGCAUAAAAGGGUUUGUGGU